AUGUCUUUCUUUAACAACAUCAAAAAGAUCUUCCGUCUGAGUGGAGCCGAUGAAGAUCUUAAGAAAAAGAAAAACAUCCAUAGUUGUAUAAAACGUGAUGUCGACCCUAACGUAUCUUGGGACAUUAUAGGCGAAUUAGGAGAUGGCGCUUUCGGUAAAGUCUACAAGGCCCAGAAUAAAGAGAGUGGUGAAUAUGCGGCUUUGAAACAAGUGGAAAUUAAAACAGAAGAAGAUUUGGAAGAUUUUACUGUUGAAAUUGAGAUCCUGUAUGACUGUCAACAUAAAAAUGUGGUUGGACUUCAUGAAGCUUAUUUCUAUGGUGAUAUGCUGUGGAUGUUCAUUGAGUUUUGUGGUGGAGGAGCCUUGGAUACAAUCAUGUUGGACCUAGAAAAGCCUUUGACUGAAGAACAAAUUCGUUAUGUAUGCCAUGAAAUGUGUCAAGCCCUGGACUUCCUUCAUAACUCUAAAAUCAUCCACAGAGAUUUAAAGGCAGGCAAUGUUCUACUAACAAUGGACGGCCAAGUCAAAUUGGCUGAUUUUGGGGUAUCGGCCAAGAAUACUAAAACUAACCAACGUAGAGAUUCUUUCAUUGGCACCCCUUAUUGGAUGGCUCCUGAAGUUAUCCUUUGUGAAGCCAUCAAAGAUAGCCCUUACAAUUACAAGGCUGACAUUUGGUCACUGGGUAUCACCCUCAUUGAAUUUGCCCAAAUAGAACCCCCAAACAACGAUAUGCAUCCAAUGAGAGUCUUGAUUAAAAUCCAAAAGUCAGAUCCCCCUACUUUAGAUCACCCCUCUAGAUGGUCAAAUUUGUUCAGCAAUUUUAUCAGCAGGUGCCUUGUCAAAGAUCCUGAAUUACGUCCAACUGCCGCUGAACUUUUGGAGCAUCCAUUUAUUAAAGAUUUUACCAACAAUAAAUGCAUACUGAAUUUGUUGAGUGAGGCAAAAGCAGAAGUUGAGGAAAUUGUCCAAGACAUUGAUGAGGAAGAGGAAAUAAAACAAAUGAAGAGCAUUCCAGAGCAUGAUGAAUCCAUUGAACUGGACAGGAUAUCAAAUUUGAAUGUGGAUGAAGCAGAAAAGUCAGAUGAAACUAAGAUUAGUAAAAAUGAAAUGAUUCAGAUUAACACUGAUAAAGAUACUCUGCCAGCACCUCCAGAUUCCAGCACUUCUCAACCUGUGCCUCCCAGUGUUGCUGAUAAAAGCUUACCAAUGAAAGAGAAAACAAUCUCUGAUUCUAACAGUGUUUCACAAGAUGCAGAUGAAGUUAUUGCACAAGCUGAGCCUGUAGCUGAGAUUCUCGAACUUGUUGCACAAAAACCAUCCACAUUGCCUGUCACCCCCACUGCUGAUGUUAACAAUGAUCAAAAAGCACCAGAUCACACAGAGGACCUUGACCGGUCAUCUGAUGAGGGGCUUGGGCCAAGUGGAGAUGAAAAGUCUGAUGCUAGUCCGAGCCCAGCUAAGACAAAAGAAGAAAAACCUGCCAGUCCAGUUAUUCCUUCAGCUCCCAUGAUUCCAAUCUCAACAGAAAAACAGGAAGAAUUAGCUAAAGCAGCAAUGGCUUACCAAAUCUUGGAUGACAUCAUUGAUGAUGUGAUAAAAUCCACAACUGUUCAACCAUCUAUUCCAGCUGUUGUGUAUGAUACUGUUAGUGAUGUGGUGGAGGAAGCUCGUGACCUAGAGGACCAGUUGAGUCCAGUUGAGGAGGUCACUUGGGAUGCAGACAUAGAUAAAGAUAUUUCAGUUGCUAGGAAACAAGAUAUCUACUUGCCAGACAGUGCCUUAGAGAAGAUGGAAGUGCAGGAGGUGAAGGUGGAUAUUUCUGAUGAGACAGAAGAAAACAAAGUGCCUGAGAUGCACAAGGAUGUGAAUUCUGUGAUUACAAUUAAUGGACAGAUGGUGCCAGAAUUGGUGGCCAAUGGCCAUGUACCAGGAAUUGACAAAUCUAUUUCUGGUCAGACCAACAUAUCUGAAUCAAAACCACAGCCAGUUCAACACACAGACUUAGACACAUUUGAGACUAAGACAGAAAUUUCAAAUCCAGAUGAUGAAGAACACUUAAAGGAUUCUGAAACCAUGACUUCAAUCAGUAGUUAUGAUAGAGAUGAAAGGAAGCCUGAUGGAGGUCAUGUUUUACGAUAUAAGCAGAAGAAUAAAGUGGAGAGCAAGAGCCAUUACAGAACAAUUACAAAAACUAGGAAAUUUAUGAAGGAUGGAGAACAAAGUAAAGGAGGACCAUAUUCUCAGGAAACAAGACCUUCGUGA